UGUCACCGUUGUAAUGUUCAGCAGGCGUGCCAGCUGUCAUCUAGGAGGCUUUGCUGCGGCCACACUAGCAUGGAUUCUUUGCAGCGUUUCCAUGAACCUCCCUCAAUGGCGAGUGUGGUAUUUUGAAGAACCCAUGGAAUCCGAACCCAGCAUGGUAUUAGUGGGAAUGUGGAGAACCUGUGUGUACUACGAGGAAAGGAAUUCCGAUAUAUUAGGAGUGUGUUACCAAUAUACCUACCAGGACACCUUCAUUCCUUUGGAUAUUCGUGUUGCUCAACACCUACUACUGAUCUCCAGCAUUAUUGGCAUGGUUUCGACGAUUUCUGUUGUUGUUGCUCUUUGGAAAUUGUACACAGGGAGAUUCCGGAAGAAAUUCACCUACAAUCCAUUUUUAUUCCCAGGGGUUCUGAACAUCAUCGCUGGUGUCUUAGUCUUCCUUUCCGUCUUGCACAAUUAUUUAGCCAUCAUUCGCAAUGAUGGGAUUGUCUUCCCCCCAUCUUUCCACAUACCCUCCAUACCAGAUAUCCAGAAAUUUGGUACUGCCCUGGCAAUGGCAACUUUUUCUUUUGUCUUAUUUUUAAUGGGUGGCAUAAUUUCCCUUUCUUUCACUCUUUCCCUACAUUCCCAAAUCCACUCUAACAUUUAAAUGUAAAUUUCCAACUUACAUAAACUUGAACAUUGAAAAUUACAAGGAGUCAUCACAAGUAUUCUUCAGACAGCUACCUAAAAUUUUCGGAUUCAGAACUAUGACCAAGGAUGACAAGUAGAUCUGCAGUUAUAAUCCUGU